GUACGACCGUCUGCUGGAGACGUGUUCCAUCGCCCUUGUGGGCAAAUACACCAAGUUCUCUGACUCCUAUGCAUCUGUCAUCAAAGCUCUGGAGCACUCUGCACUGGCCAUCAACCACAAACUGGACAUUAAGUAUAUUGACUCUGCUGACCUGGAGCCAGACACCCUGCAGGAGGAGCCUGUCCGCUACCAUGAAGCCUGGCAGAAGCUGUGUGGGGCUGAUGGAGUUCUGGUUCCUGGUGGCUUUGGUGUUCGAGGGACAGAAGGCAAAAUUCAAGCCAUUUCCUGGGCAAGAAAACAGAAAAAGCCCUUCUUAGGAGUCUGUUUGGGAAUGCAGUUAGCUGUGGUGGAGUUUGCUCGCAGUGUCCUUGGCUGGCAAGAUGCAAACUCAACAGAAUUUGACCCCAAAACUUCUCAUCCAGUGGUCAUAGACAUGCCAGAACAUAAUCCUGGGCAGAUGGGUGGGACCAUGAGGCUUGGCAAGAGAAGGACACUCUUCCAAACCAAGAAUUCCAUCAUGAGGAAGCUCUAUGGAGAUCAUGAGUUCUUGGAAGAGAGACACAGACACAGAUUUGAGGUCAACCCAGAGUUGAAGAAGUGUUUUGAAGAGCAAGGUCUGAAGUUUGUGGGGCAGGAUGAGGAGGGAGAGCGCAUGGAGGUGGUAGAGCUGGAAGAACAUCCCUUCUUCGUCGGUGUGCAGUACCACCCUGAGUUCCUCUCCAGGCCCAUCAAGCCUUCCCCCCCCUACUUCGGGCUGCUCUUGGCCUCUGCAGGGAGACUCAGCCAUUACCUGCAGAAGGGCUGCAGGCUCUCACCCAGGGACACAUACAGCGACCGCAGCGGCAGCAGCUCACCCGACCUGGAGAUCACAGAGCUGAAGUUCCCAGCAGUCAAUCAUGACUGA